AAAGCCUCGUUUUGUGGAAGGUUGUGCAGAAUUUUUUGCCACAUUAAAUUUCUUAGGGAACAUGAAUAUGUUUUGGCAUUUAUACGGGUGUUUCGUCCAUAUGUUAAGAGGAUCAGAAAACCCAGUCAUGAAUUCAACUGAAAGCGAUACAACGAAAGAACUUAUUCCAGGACUAGAGGAAUCCAGCCUGGAUAGAGACGAAAAUUUGGCAAGGAUAGAGAUAGCCACCCUGGCACUAAUUUUCCUAACCACAGUUUUAGGAAAUGCCACAGUUUUACUAGCGUUGUGGACCAGAAAAAGAUAUUGUGGAAGAAAAAAACUGUCACGAAUGUAUUUCUUCAUCCUCCAUCUGUCCGUAGCCGAUUUGAUGGUAGCAUUUUUUACAGUCCUUCCACAAUUAGCAUGGGAUAUUACAUACAGAUUCUAUGGAGGAUUCCUUCUGUGUAAAUUAGUUAAAUACGGCCAAAUUCUUGGACCCUACCUCAGCUCAUAUAUUCUUAUGGCAACAGCGCUGGAUAGACAUCAAGCUAUAUGCUAUCCAUUAACUUACUGCUCUUGGACAUCUAGGAGAUCGAAAGCUAUGGUUUACAUGGCUUGGUUAGCAAGCUUAUUGUUUUGUAUACCUCAGGUGACAAUAUUUUCAUAUCAAGAAGUGUUCAGUGGUAUCUAUGAUUGCUGGGCAACAUUCACUGAAGAAUGGGGCAAACAAGCCUAUGUUAUUUGGUACAGCGUGUCAAUAUUCAUCGUACCUCUCCUAGUACUAGUCUACACUUACGGCUGCAUUUGCCGCGAGAUCUGGCGCUGUUCCGAAUCCAGCCUCAGGCCGAGGAACUCGCAGAAAGCCACCACGAAGAAGAACAGGGUACCAUUGAUAUCCAGGGCCAAGAUUAAUACGGUCAAACAGACGGUGGCUGUUAUAGUUAUGUACAUCGUUUGUUACACCCCGUUUAUUUUGGCGCAGCUGUGGGCCAUUAUUGUACCAAACAGUACUUUUUUAGAAGGCUCUACAUACACGAUUCUAAAUCUACUCUUCAGUUUGAACAGUUGCGUCAACCCCUGGAUAUAUCUGUCGUUCAACAGAGAACUGCCCAGGUUGCUUAUAAGACACCUGAUUGCUUCCAAUAUGAACUACAGAACAACUGCUGACGGCCAGACAAUGUCCAACUCGUCCGGCGAACAGAUGACCUCCCUGAAACUGUCACGCCACCACGCCACCGCGCAGCCACUCCUCAACGGCCGGCGCUGGAUGGUCACGGCCACCUGAGAAACGGCUUCCGGUUGCGACCACUCCUCCACCCGCCUGACCUGCGCCGGUCGCGACCAUUUCCACCGCCCUCUGCGCAGCCAUACCGACGACAUUUCCGGUUCGUCGCUAGUCGAGCUCAGCGAACUGGUGACGGAGUUCACCGACGUGGAGAUGCACUCGGGCGAGACGACGAACGACGAGUGCGCGAUCUGACGCAGCAGGGGAACGAGCACUUGCGCAGGAUUGUAGAGAGAAUCAUAUAAAAUGACUAAAAGACUUACUAUAUACUUUCUAUGAACCCCGUAAAACUCACGAAAAUCGGACACCCUGUACAGGGUGGCGCCUUUCAUACGCCGCGGAAGCUCCAAGGAGAACGGUAGUGUAUAUCGAAAUGAAAUUUUGGCAGCAUGUAGGUUAA